GCCGGCGCGCCAAGAUGGCUGCGAACGUGUUCUCGUUCCGCGACGCCCGCGCCGCGCCGGAUCCCGUGCCCGAGGCCGAGCCCGUGGCGCCGGGGCCGCUGCCUCUGGUGCUGGACAACGGAUCUUUCCAGGCCCGCGCCGGCUGGGCGUGCCCUGGGGGAGACCCGGGCCUGGAGCCUCGCCUGCAGUUCCGCGCGGUGUGCGCCCGCGGGCGGGGCGCGGCGCGGGGCGGGGCGGGCCCGCAGGUGGGCCACGCGCUGGGGAGCCUGGAGCCGCUGCGCUGGAUGCUGCGCUCGCCCUUCGACCGCAACGUGCCCGUCAACCUGGAGCUGCAGGAGCUGCUGCUGGACUACAGCUUCCAGCACCUGGGCGUCUCGUCGCUGGGUUGUGUGGAUCAUCCAAUCGUUUUGACUGAACCUGUGUGCAACCCUCUGUAUUCACGCCAAAUGAUGUCGGAGCUCCUCUUCGAAUGCUACAGGAUUCCCAAGGUUGCCUAUGGGAUCGAUGGCCUCUUCAGCUUUUACCACAAUAGGCCAAAGAACUCAGCCUCCAGUGGGCUCAUCAUUUCAUCUGGACACCAGUGUACUCACAUUUUACCCAUCUUGGAAGGAAGACUAGAUGCCAAAAACUGCAAACGCAUCAAUCUUGGAGGAAGCCAGGCAGCUGGUUACCUCCAGCGACUCCUGCAGCUGAAGUACCCUGGGCACCUGGCGGCCAUCACUCUCAGCCGCAUGGAGGAGAUCCUGCAUGAGCAUAGCUACAUUGCUGAGGACUACGUGGAAGAAUUGCAGAAGUGGCGGUGUCCUGAUUAUUAUGAGAACAACGUCCACAAGAUGCAGCUCCCAUUCUCCAGCAAGCUCCUGGGCAGCACCCUGACGGCUGAGGAAAAGCAAGAGCGGCGGCAGCAGCAGCUGCGGAGGCUGCAGGAGCUCAAUGCCCGGCGGCGGGAGGAGAAGCUGCAGCUAGAUCAGGAGCGGCUGGACCGGCUGCUCUAUGUACAGGAACUUCUAGAGGAUGGCCAGAUGGAUCAGUUUCACAAGGCUCUAAUGGAGCUGAACAUGGACUCCCCAGAAGAAUUGCAGUCCUACCUACGAAAGCUCAGUUCAGCUGUGGAGCAAGCCAAGCAGAAAAUCCCUCAGGCAGAGGUCAACCUCGAGGUGGAUGUGGUGGACAGCAAACCCGAGACCCCUGACCUGGAGCCCCUGGAGCCAUCUCUGGAGGACGUGGACAGCAUGAAUGAUUUCGAGCCCUUGUUCUCAGAGGAAGCACCUGAAGUGGAGAAGCCUGUUGCUGCCACUGUCCAGCCCGUGUUUAACUUGGCAGCGUACCAUCAGCUGUUUGUUGGGACAGAAAGAAUUCGAGCUCCAGAAAUUAUUUUCCAGCCAUCUCUCAUUGGAGAAGAACAGGCGGGUGUGGCGGAGACUCUUCAGUACAUUCUGGACAGGUACCCAAAGGCUGUUCAAGAAACACUGGUCCAGAAUAUUUUCCUCACUGGUGGGAAUGUAAUGUAUCCAGGGAUGAAAGCCAGGAUUGAAAAGGAACUGCUGGAGAUGAGGCCUUUUCAGUCUUCUUUCCAGGUUCAGCUCGCCUUGAACCCUGUGCUGGACGCCUGGUAUGGUGCUCGGGAAUGGGCCUUGGACCACCUAGAAGACAAUGGAGCCUGGGUCACCAGGAAAGAAUAUGAGGAAAAGGGAGGAGAGUAUCUCAAGGAACACUGUGCCUCCAACAUCUACGUCCCCAUCCGCCUGCCCAAGCAGGCCUCCCGUGCCUCGGAAGCCCCAGCGUCCAGCAGAGGCUCUGGGGGCAGUGGAAGUGGUCUAGGUGAGCAGGCCUAGCGGUGGAGCCUCGAGCCACAGCCUGCACACGCUGGCAGUGUGAGGGGACAGGGCUGCAUCUGUUGAACAUGU